CACCCCUUUCAUGCCUGCGGCAGCCUCUAAAUCCCACGUCAACCACCGGGAUCAAUGAUUCGUUGAUCGGUUGCCAGCGACAUGUCGCUCGAACCAUCUCAAGACAAGGUCACCAGAAUUGGACGUUCUUGGCAGCAGCGGCGGCGGCGGCAGCGGCCAUGUCGUCGCCCACCGCCGACCCUUCCGGCGGCGGCCCGCCGGCGCCGAGCAUUAGCAGCUCCAACUUCACGCUGCUGUACAUCAUCAUCGCGGUCCUCGUCGGCGUGAUACUCUACAUGGCCAUCCGCUACGGCCGGUCGGUGCUGGCCGAGUGGCGCCAGCUCCAGGCGGGCGGCCACGGCGCGACGUUGUCCGGGACGGGGAUCGGGCUCAGCGUGGACGACAUCGCCGCGCUGCCCACGUUCACGUACCGCGCGCGGGCCGCGUCGCCGUCGCCGUCGCCGCUCGGCGGCAGGAGGAGGAGCGGCAGCAAGGGGAGGGCGGCGCCGGGGGCGGUGGAGUGCGUGGUGUGCCUGCAGGAGCUGGAGGACGGCGACGUCGUGCGAGUGCUGCCCCCGUGCCGCCACUUCUUCCACGGCCGCUGCAUCGACGCCUGGCUGUGCGCGCACUCGUCGUGCCCGGUGUGCCGUGCGCACCCGGAGCCCGAGCGCGCGCGGCUGAUGGAGGGGCUCCUGUCCCCGCCGCUGCCGCAGCUGCGCCGGUGCGGCGUGUCGCCGGAGCGGCCCACGGCGUCGAGGGUCCUGGCGGAUAUCUUGGCGCGGUCGCCGUUGAGGAGCAGCUGCUCGACGAGUGAGUCCAAGGAGAUGAUCGUGUCCAAAUCACCAUCGCCGAGGCCUCACUUUGGUUCCAGGUCUCCGUCUCCAACGCCGCCGGUGUACGCCGGGGUGUGCGACAGGUGCUCGAAUCCAUCGCCGCCGGGGGUGUCAGAAAUCGAUGUUGCCCCAUCCAAGUCGCCGUCGCCGAUGAGGUUCGGCACCAUCAGGCAGUUGUCGGCGGUGAACAUUGGAACGUUGGAAAGCAUAGAGGUCAUCACGCCAGCAUCACCGUCACCGGUGCUAAUCAGAGAGGAUGGUGGUGGUUCGCUGUCGAAGUCGAACUCACCGUCCCCGUCGCCACAUUGAGUACGUAAUGGGUAGAUACAAAAGUAUGAACACUUUGACAGGGCUUGCGAUGCAUCUGAUAUUUGAUCCUUUCUUUUUUUCUCCUCUCCCUCUGAUUUACUCUUCUCUCUCCCUCUCUCCUUGCCCAAAGCAACCAGCGCCUCUACCUCCCUCUGAUUUUUCUCCAUCGAGCUACCAGCAAGUCGACAGCAGCAGCUUUGCCUUCCUCCUCUUUGCUCCCCACUGAACAAUCAAGCAAGCAAUGCAAAUUGCUUUCUUUUUUUUUCCGGCUCGAUCUCUCCCUCUGCUCUUCCACCAAAGCAACUAAGAACACCUCAUCUCUUGCUUCCCUCUCUCCCUUCUAUAGUUCUAUGGUCUCCACCGAGCAAGCCAAGUACCAGCUCCCUGUUUUCUCAACCGAAGCAGCGAGCCGCAGCCCCUCCGCUGUUCGUGUCUCCCUGCAAGAACCAGCACCAGCCCCAUCCGGGAAAGUGCUGUCACCAGGAGCUGCAUCCACGACGCCAAGCAGCCUGCUACCCCUCCAUCGAGCCGCUGCUGACCACGAGCCGGACGAGCAGGAGCACGCCGACAGCGCUGACCCGGAGGAGCUUCUCCCAUGGACGCCUACAACAUGUUCGACGAGGAUGCCCACGCCGCCGACGCCGAGUCACCGACGGCCGCGACGAGCGGAACCGCGAGCCCAAGCACCACCGUACCGUCACGCCGGCCACGCCUACACCGUCAACCCUCGAGACGGUUCUACGCCAGAGAAGUCUACCCGUAGUCGUCGCGUCCGCACCCGACUUGCCUGUGGUGUGGGCCUUCACGAUGAUGCUGAGUUACGAUGUUGGUUGUUUCAUCAAUGUUGUUUUAGCUUUAGCACUAGCUUACUUUCUUUUUGUUCUUCUUUUAUUUUGGAUUGAAAUCCAUAAACCGCUGCCAUACAAUCGGCAAUGAUCCAUUCUGCCGAAAUGUGUGUACCAGCCUCCUGGGACUAGAAUUGUACCACAUAUGACUCCUGUGUAAGCGGGGGUCGCGACAGCUUAAUUAGGUGUUAAUGUUCUCUGUGGUGGAAUCAGUCUACCUAGGUUUAAGU